AUGGACUGGUAUAGCAACUCCAACCAUAGGAAAAGAGCCAGCAACAUCAACACUUCUGCCAAUGGCUAUAAUCAAUAUCACCCCGCGGACGGGAACGCCAAUCUCGCCGUGAAUAGCAACUACUCGCCUUCGUACGCGGCAUUUCCUCCACAUAACGCUGCAGGCUUGCAAGCGUCGCAACCGUCGUCGUCGUCGUCGUCGUCGUCGUCGCUGCUUCCACCCCCAAUGUCAUCAACUUCGGCCAGCCGCAUCCCUCCUCAGCAUCAACAACAACAGCUACAGCAACCACCACCACCACCCCCACAACAACAACAGCUGCAACAGCACUCUCAACAGUUUAUGCACCAGCUGCUGCCGUAUAUACUGAAAAUGGGACAACAUUCCCAACUCUCGUCGGGCUCAUCAAUAUACCAUCACCAAACUCCACAACAACACAUGAUGUCCGCGGCGAGGAGCCCACUUCAGCUGCACCACCACAUGACAUCGCCUUCGUCUACACUAGGCACGCCGUCGUUUGCAUCAGCAACAACAACAACAUCAUCCAACACAUUGUGCAAUACCCCCCUGUCGCACACCUACUCGAGCAUCGGAGGCAUUGCCGCGGCCACGGCCGGACUAGCGGCCUUGCACCGUCCUGCAAUUCCCAUGGAGCGCAACUCCUACUAUUAUAGCCAAUACCCGCUUUACGCAUGCGACUGGGCAUCUUCAUCUAGCGGCGACUUGGACUGCAUCGCGUUAGGCUCGUACAAGGAAGGGCUCGUGAACAAGUUGGAGAUUGUUUAUGGCCAGCAGCAGCAGCAAAGCCAAUACGACUCGCCUGGCUUGGAAAGUUAUGUUGAUGCUGCCACGGGGGCAAUCUACGACGAGGAAGGCAUUCACGGCGUGGGCAAUGGGUUUUUCUUUGAACGUGUAGCUGAGGUCAGUUUGGACUAUCCCAUCACGCACUUGAAGUGGGACCCCGCCAUGCUCAAAACGGGUGGCUUUGGUGGAGGUCAGAGCCCCGGGCCGAGUCCUCGAAGAUUAGCUGCUAGCAGCGAAGUGUUGCGGCUCUACAAGAUGGAGUACGACUAUGGACAAAAGAGCAUGCAGUUGAAGCAAACGCACGUUUUGGCCAACAACACCAGCACCAACAUUAGCACCUCGGGGGCGUUGGCCAAGGAGAUCAAUACAUACCCGCCCGUGACGUCGUUUGACUGGAACGAGAGAGACGAAAAUAUCAUCAUCACGUCGAGCGUCGACACCACAUGCACGGUGUGGGAUUUGAAUCGGCCACACCCGUAUUCGGAUAUCGGCGAUACGGCCACAGUGAAGACGCAGUUGAUCGCGCACGACUCCGAGGUGUUUGACGUUAAAUUUAUCCAUAAAUCCGCCAAUGUGUUUGCCUCGGUGGGGAACGAUGGCUCGAUGCGGGUAUUUGACUUGAGGUCGUUGGAGCAUUCCACCAUCAUCUACGAGCCUGCACCGACGCCCGUGUCAUCGAACCCAUCGCUCACGUUAGCCAACACCGCCGCCAUGUCGCAUCCGAUACACUCGGUCAACUACAACUCCAAGGCACUCUUAAGUCUCACCACUUCGAAUAUAGACCAGCAUCACGUGGCCACCGUGGGCGUCAACUCGAACCAGAUUAUAAUCAUCGACAUGCGAAUGCCCGGGGUGCCGCUCGCAAUCAUCGAUGCAUCUACAUCAACACCGAUCCACGCCCGUGGCGUCUUGCAACAACAGCAACAGCAACCACAUAGAGCCAACUCCAACCCGAGCGGGCCGGCAAUCAACCUGAUUGAGUUCCACCCAACGUCGAACUUUCUCCUCAGCGGAGGCGACGACUGCCAGGCGCUAGUGUGGGAUAUCAACAAUUUAAAUCUCAGCAGCGGCAGCGCGAGCUCGACUUCGAGUUUGAGCAAUAGCGGCGGCGUGCAGCAAACUUCGCAAGGAAGCAACGGCAGCAGCGGCGGUAACGCGAGCGCCAACGCCAAUUCCAGUGCCGCAACGGGAUCCGGAAGCGGGACAACCAGCGCCGGCGCAGGGUACACCAUGGACGUGCCCGUGCUUGCCUUUGAAGAGGAGCUCGAGGUCAACAAGGUAUGCUGGCGACAGAGCAGCGGCGACUAUAUGGGCGUCGUGAGCGGGAAGGGGUUCCAAGCGGUGCUGAUUUGA